CAGGUGUGCUGGAGCUGGAUGUUUGAGUGCCCGCCGCGCCGGAUGAUCUGCUCCUCGGGGCUCUGCUGAAGGAGACAGCAGGCGUCGGUGCGGGCGGUGCUGGGACCCGAGCCCGAGGCCCCGAGCGCCCUGGACCCGUACGCUGAGCGACAGCAGCGGCUGCACAGGCGGCAGGAUGGCGACCGAGGAUGUCCUGGAGGUGCUGCGGGGACGGACGCGGACCGGCGACGCCCUGCCCGCGCCCAAGCAGGUCAAGGUCUUCAUCUCCUGCGACCGGGCCGAGUUCGCAGAGGAGCGCCGCAUGCUGCUGGAGCAGGUGGGGCCGGACUUGCAGACGCAGUAUGAUAACUCGGGCUUUGAGAUCGAGCUGGUCGACAUGCACUAUGGCUCGGCCGAGACCUGCGACCCGCUCCUCGACCCGCACAUGUUCGACGACCACCUCGAGGACAUCCGGGACAGCUUCCGCGUCAACCAGCUGUGCUUCUUCCUGGUGCUGGUGGGCGACGAGGCCCGUGCCGCGCCGCCACCCGUGCUCCUGGACGCGGCGCUGCACCGCGAGCUGCUGGCCGGCGCCGACCCGGAGUCCCGGACGCUGCUGCAGCGCUGGCUGGUGCCGGCCAAGGACGGCGCGGCCCGGCUGCGGGAGCCGGCGCGCGAGCCGCGCGAGCAGCAGCAGCAGUUCCAGCGCGUGCUCGCGGCGCUGCGGGACGGCGCGCGCCGCAUCGGGCCCGCCAGCCCCGCGGCCGCGCAGGCCGCCGUGCUGCUACAGUCCGGCCUCCACCGGCAGCUCAUGUUCGCCCUGAGCCUGGACCCGGACGCGAGGAAGGGCAUCAUGAGCAUCACGAGGCAGGGCCGACCCGGGCCGUCCGUGGAGCCGCUGAGCAGCGCGCUGGCCGAGCACCUGCCGCCCGAGAACAGGGGCUCCGUCAAGCCGCCGGCGUCUGGCAACUACGAGGACGAGGCGUACUCGGACAGCUUCCAGCUGCAGGCGCGGCUGGUCGUGGGCGGGGGCAUGCGACGGGCCAUCAGCGCGCGCGUCGAGCCCAGCGUCAAGAACAAGUCCGUCAUGGACAUCUACCAGGAGGCGCUGUGCCACCUCGCCCUCUGCCAACGGCUGGGGUCGGGCCAGGGCCCCGGCGACCAGCAGCGGCCCGCGCUCGACGGCGUCCUGGCCGAGGUGCGGACCCGCCUCCAGGCCCAGCACGCGUCCGCCGAGCGGCACCCGCCCCUGCUGCUCGUCGGCCAGCCCGGCACGGGCAAGUCCACGCUCCUCGCCACCAUCUACCGGGAGGCGGAGGCCUGGCUCGGUUGCCCCGUCAACAGGAUCGUGCGCAUUUGUGGUCAGUCCCUACUUCAUGUGUGUGAGCGUAUAUAUGUGCAUGGUGUGUUGUGUAACCGCGUGCCAUGCCGUGCACUCCAGAGCCGGCAGUGUAAUUAUUCCCUGUGAUGAAUAAAAGAGGGUUGCGGGGGCGGAGGUCGUAUCCUGCGAACGGGAAAAGGAGAACGGGAGAGAGAGCAGAGAAAGGUACUGAGGGAGCCAGAGCGAAAUUGGGGGUGGAAGGUCGGGUCGGUGGGCGGCGAGAGGGAGGUCGGGAUUCCGGUCAGGUUACAGGGGCUGCUCUGCCGGGGCCGCAAAAGUUAACGAGAAACAAUUUGCGGCUUUCAGUGUGCCUGAUCCAAAACAACGCGUAAUUAUCGCUUCGCGAAAUAACAGCAAACGUCAGGCGGAAAGGGAGGAAGGAGGGGGAGGGGGUGAUGGUAUCUGAUCCGUUACUUUUUAAUUGCGGCAACAUUUUCUGUCCGUUGUUGGACUGAAGUGGUGAUUGCUUUCGGCUCGUCGAUGCUCUGGCACGCCGCUCUCCCCCAGUGAUCCGCGCUGUCAUAUCCCUCCUCUGCUUAAUCAAAGGCUCUGCGUGUCAAAGAAUUCCCCUCGUUUUCCCUCCGCCUCUCGCGAUCCUUUCAUCUGAUCUGGAGAGGAUUGCCC